AUGGCUCAACGUUUAACUCCAGAAAUGCGUGAAGUUUACAACUCUAUUAUCCAAGAACAAUUAAAUCGAGACUUCAUUGAAAAAAUCGUCGAUGAUGACCCAAAACGUGGACAUUAUAUCCCACAUCAUCCCGUAGAAAAGCAAUCGUCUACUACACCAAUUAGAGUAGUAUAUAACUGCAGUGCGAAAUACCGCGACCAACCGAGUUUAAAUGAAUGCCUGGAAACCGGACCGUCAAUCAAUAAUGACCUAGUCAAAAUGCUGCUUCGAUUCCGUACACAUAAUAUCGGACUUUCAAGCGAUAUCGAAAAAACAUUUCUGAAUGUGAAACUUGCCAAAAAUGAUCAAGAAUUCACUAAAUUCUUCUGGUUGAAGGACCCUUCGGACCCCCACGGAGAGAUGGACAUAUAUCGCUUCAAAGUCGUUUUAUUCGGUUCCACGAGUUCUCCGUUUAUGCUCAAUGCAGUAAUUAAAACUCAUCUAGAAUCUCAAGAAUGUACUAUUUCUAAGGAUCUAAAAUCAAAUAUCUACGUGGAUAAUGUAUUAACCGGAGUGAAAAACACCGUUGACGCUACAAAGUACUACGAACGAUCUACAGAAAUGAUGCGCGAUGCCGGACUUAAUUUAAGAUCAUGGGCUACAAAUGACCCCAUGUUGCGUAACCGGUCAGAAAUAGACAAAACUGCUGAAUCCAAAAGUAAUGUCAACAUACUUGGAUUACGAUGGAACACCCAUCAAGACACAAUACACUAUCCUAAUACGGACAUUGGGCAAACAAAUUCUGACAAUCUCCAUACAAAACGCGAGAUUGUGCGUUACACAUCACGUUUGUUUGAUCCAUUGGGAUAUUUAGCUCCAGUCCACGUGAAAGCGAAAUCUUUCAUUCAAAAACUAUGGAAAGCGGGUCUAUUUUGGGACACACCAAUUUCCGCCGACCUAACCGAAGAAUGGGGAAAUAUCCGCCAGAAUCUUGACAGCGUGAAAGGAACGACCGUGAAUCGGAUAUUUUUCACUGACAGCAAUACUGAAACCGACGAGUAUGAACUUCAUGUGUUCGCGGACGCCAGCAAAACAACAGCCCAUGGAGCUGUCGUAUAUCUAAAGAAUGGAAACCAUACGUCUAUUGUUAUAGCGAAAUCACGUUUGAAUCCUGUUAGACCAAUGACAUUACCACAUUUAGAACUAGUCGCUGCAACGAUCGCAACCCGUUUAGCCGAUUUUGUGCUAAAGGCAUUAACAAAUGUCAAAAUCAACAAAUGCGUACUGUGGUCAGACAGUCAAAUCACUAUUCACUGGAUCAGAAGUCACAAAACACUGCCUGUUUUCGUUGAAAACAGAGUACGCGAAAUACGCGCCGGUCCGUUUGACGACAUCAAAUACUGUCCUACGGCAGAAAACCCAGCUAACUUACUGACUCGCGGAAUAACUACCAAUGAUCUUAAUCGUUCUAAACUUUGGUGGGAAGGACCACAUUGGCUUAAAGGCGGCAAAUGGCCAAAAUGUGAUCUAUUCGACGCGUCAGAAAAUGCUGUACUCAAAUUAAAUAUCACAGAUGAGUUUGAACCAGUGAAAGACAUGAAUACAAAUUGUCACCGUGAUGAACUAGAGAACGUUGAUGAACUGAAACCCUGUGACAAGUUGAAUACUGAGAUCUGCGUAGCUAAACCAUGUGGCAUCAGCAAAGUUAUCGACAUUGAUCGCUUUCAGUCACUAUCAAAACUCCUACGAGUUACCACACUUGUCUCUAGGUUUAUAUCAAACUUGAAACGUGACAAAACCACACGCGACGUAGGAUCUAUUACUACCCAAGAACUGUGUCAUGCCGAAACUAUGUGGAUUUAUUCCGUUCAAAACCAGAGAUACUGCAACGAGAAAUCUGCUCUCAAAUCACAAUCUAAUUUCCCGUUAGCGCGACAAAUAAAGCUGUAUCUAGACGACGAGAAUAUUAUUCGAUGCGGAGGACGAAUUCAUAACGCGCCUGUGGAUUAUGAUGCAAAAUUCCCUAUUCUGUUGCCAGCGCACCACAAGUUCAGCGAACUAAGCAUUACUCAGACGCAUGCGCAGACUCUACACUCAGGAGUUGAAUCUACAGUUACAUUACUAAGGCAACGGUAUUGGAUACCGAAAUGUCGAUCAACCGUGAAGUCUGUCUUAUAUAAAUGUAUAACAUGUAAAAGACUUGGCGGUAAAUCCUAUGAAGUACCACUAGCUCUGCCCCUACCGAGCAACAGGGUGACUCAAGCACCGCCCUUUCGUGUAAUCGGCUUGGAUUACACAGGAGAAUUACACAUAAAACGGUAUGAUGGGACCAAAACGAAGGCCUACAUCUGCUUAUUUACUUGUGCUUCUACACGUGCGGUCCAUCUGGAGGUGGUACCAAACUUGACACCAGCCGCGUUUUUACGGGCCCUCCGCCGAUUCGCCGCCAGAAGAUCGUAUCCGCAUAUCAUAAUAUCGGACAAUCAAAGUAAAUUCUGUGCCGCUAAUAACGAACUCAAUAAUCUAUUCAAUGAGAACGAGAUUAAAUCCUUCCUUGCCGGGAAGGGAAUAACAUGGAACUUCAUACCCAAACGCGCGCCUAACUUUGGUGGGUUUUAUGAAAGACUCAUUGGGAUGACAAAGAACUGUCUUUGUAAAGUGUUGGGAUGUGCAUUUGUGAAUAUGAAUGAACUGGUAACACUUGUGUGUGAAAUAGAGGCAGUACUAAAUGAUCGUCCUCUUACGCACAUUUCCACCGACAUAAAUGAUCCUCAGCCAUUGACACCAUUACAUCUAAUUAACGGUAGAUUGUUAACAACGUUACCUCAUACACUCGUUGACAACUCAGACGCAGACUUCGAGAUCACCACACCGAGUGAAGCCAAUAAACGGGCAAAAUAUCUACCCGAAUUACACCAAAGAUUCCAUCGCAGAUGGUUAACGGAAUAUAUUCUAGCGCUACGAGAACGUCACCAGAAUAACAAAAACAAUGUGACAAGCAAUAGAAUUAAAAUCGGAGAUAUCGUGUUAGUCCACAGUGACACUCAAAAACGGUUACUCUGGCCGCUAGCUAAAGUUGAAAAACUACAUGUUAGAAAUGAUGGACUUGUGAGAUCGGCGGACAUUCGAACGAAAACGGGAAAAACCAGCCGUCCAAUAUGUAAACUUUAUCCGCUUGAACUCGGUGCUGUUGAAAAUAAUCUGAUGACGGGAAUGCCGACAACGAAACUAGUGGAAAACAAGUACCACUCGUUUUACAACGUCCUCAACGCAACGCUGCCGCUAUUGCAAAGUUGA